CGUUUUUUGUCUUAUUAAGCUACAUUUUUACAUUUUUUAACAGACUGUUACUCUUAUAAGAGUACAUGUUUUUUUUAUAAGCAUAACGCUUAUAAGCGAAUUCAGGUUCAGAUAGGGAAAUUUUCAAAUACAUACUGAGCAUAUUGCCCAGCUUUGGUGAAUUCUUCUGAUCAACUUACGUGUGCUUUUUGGGUUUUUUCUCGUCCUAGCUAUUUGUAUUUUAAUUAGACACAGACUUUCUUAUUUCCUUGUACAUAAUAGGACACCGCUGUACUGUACAAACUUAUUUCAUGUAAUUACACCUUCGAUUUUGUUGCUGUUCUUUUAAAGUUAAAAAACUAUACUAGACUAUUUCUGACUUGCAAAGAGAGUAUAUUUACAUCUCAUUUGUUUUCUAAAAAGAUAGUCCCCUCUUGACAUUAAUGCAGUUUGAGGUCAAUGUAAUUAUUAUUGUAAAACCAUUCAAUGUAUUUAACUUUUAUAUUUAAGUCUAAUAACUUGAAAAUGGGUGGAAAUAACUGAUGUCAUUUCCUGUGUUGGACCAAAAUGGGACCCCUUUCUGCAAGCUUGGUCAAUCUACCUGUUUAGGAACAGACAGGUUGAUGACAUCGUCAAAAAACCUUAAUAUCUGCAAAUGUUUGUCAAAAGCACACAUACAUAUUUUCUUGGUCAGCAUGUUGAGUUUUACACAAUAGAAUUAACGGAAACGAAACCAAUAUUAAAUAUGGCAGGAAAAUCAAAAAAACAAAAAGUUACAUCACCAACAAUUAAAUCUCCAAAAGCUGAAAUGUCUUUAGGAACUAAAGUAGAAGCAAUGGAUUUUCUUGGCAACUGGUAUGCUGCCAAAAUUGUCCGUGUAAAAUCAGAUACAUCACAGGUUCUUAUUCACUUUGAUGGUUGGAACUCCAGAUUUGACGUUUGGGUGCCAAAAGACAGCAAAAAGCUGCGGCUGCCUAAACUAAACAACAAAAGCAAACUGAAAGAGAAGGAAUGGCGUAUUGGAGAUCGAGUUAUUGCCAAAUGGGGGCCUGCUGGAAAGUUGUACCCAGCUACAAUAUCAAAAAUAACGAAUGAAAGUCACGUAGAAGUAACAUUUUAUGAUGGCUUCAAAAAAGUUAUCACCAAAUCUUCACUAAAGGCUGAUACAGAGAAACUUUACCGUCAAUAUCUUGAAGGCUCUCCUCGAAAGACUAUUGUUGCACAACCCUUAGUACGUUCCCCUAAGGAAACCACUGAUGUUUCCUUCCCAGAAACUCUUGAGCAAGGUAGAUCAAAACGCCGUCUUACUGAACCAGCAGCGAUGGCAGACUAUGUCACAGAUUUGCAUUCGAAGAGACGAAUGAAAAGAGGGUCUGACAGAUCGACAUCGGAAGAUGACAAAUCUAAUGCAACUGGUCGAAAAUUGUCUACAUCAUCUUUACGUUCACCAAAACAUUCAUUGACUGAUUCAAAGGUAGAAUCUCCCCAACCAACUAUUCCAAAAGUGAAGUUAAAAGUCCAAAACGACUCUGUGAGUGUAUGCAAGAGUGAAGAUAAAGGUGUAACACCAUCUAGGGUUGAGAUAAAAGAAGAGUCUGUUAUAUCAAAAACUAUAACACCAUCAGGUGUAGAAAUUGUAAAAAGGAAAAAUAAAAGUUACAUGAUGUUUCCAGUAUUGACUCCAGAGGAAAGUCAAAGCAAACGUGGUGCUCCUGUUGAACUUGCACCAGAGAAUCAAGCUGUUAUUGAAAAGGAAAGCAUUACAAAUGAACUCAACAAGUUGGAAUUACCUCCAGAUAAACCAAAGGCCAAAAUGUUAUCUGACCCCUCAUUAAAAGUAAAGUUUCAGUUUGGUUCUAAAAACAAACAAGUGAGAGAGGUCAAGGAAGAUGCUAAAGUUAUGCCAACUGCUGAAUCUGCUUCUUCUAACCAUAAGGACGAGAAAGAGAAAGAUUUAAAGUCUGAAAGCGUUUCUGUGGAAACCGAACAACAUAGUGGGGAUAAAGAUAAUUUCACCAAGGAGAAACAGGAGAGUUCUUCCCUUGUCAAUGAAAUGCCUUAUGUGAGUAAGAGAAUAUCAGCCAAAAAGAAAUCAAUUGAAGGAGUUAUAAAGAGACCUGCAUUGAGUGAAGCAGUUCCAAUAAAACCUGUGUUGAGUAAAAAAGCAACAGGGAAACCUGAGUCAAUUGAAAAUAUCACAAGGAAACCUAUAUUGAGUGAAACUGUCACAAAGAAACCUGUGUUAAAUGAAAAGGUCAUAAAGAAACCUGUGUCGGGUGAAAUGGUGAUAAAAAAACAAGCCAAAGUGACCAAAUCUACAGGAUGCAAACAGAGUGUUGCACCUAAAAAGGCAAAUCAUGGAAAAAAAUUCGAAGAGAAGUAUGAAAUGUUUAAAUUAAAAUGGAAAGAGGAGAAAGAGAAACGAAGGAAAAUGUUACAAGAACAAAACAGUUCUUUCCAAGAUGAAGCAGCCUCAAAGAAAGAAAAGCCUUCAGCAACACCGUUACCUGAAAAAAAUAAUUCAGUUAGUCCCCAAGUUGACUCAGCUACAUCGAAUGAAAGUGUGUUAAUCAAGGGUAAUAAAAAUAAAGAAUGCGGAGACGCUACUGAAGCCACUGUUGUUUCUUCAAAAAAAGAAAUUGUAGCUACACCUGAUACAGACAUAUCUGUCAAGCCAACAGCAGUACUACCAACUUCACCAUCUAUUUCAAGUUCAACAAUGUCUGUUUCAAGUAAAGUGACUGGAAAACAAUAUCCACGAAUUAAACAUACCCCUCAUUCACGAUUUGGGAGGGUCCAAAAGCACAAGCAACGUCAGUUAAAUGUAAGUUUUAAGAAAGGAGAAAAACAAGCACUGAAGAAUGGCCAUGCUCAAUUUAAAUCAGUUGUUAAAGAUCCCCUGAACAAAAUAUCUGAAAAAAAAUUGCCUGUUGUUAUAGCAUCUUCAGAAAGUUGCCCUAGUGUUACCAAAUCUUCAGAAAGUUGUUCUGAUAUUGCAAAAUCUUCAGAACAUUGCACUGACCAUAGUAAAAAUGAGGUUCCUUCUUCAGAAAAUGUUGACAUAAAAGAUCCUUUACCUGCUGUGCCCUUAUCUGUGAAACCUAUCAAACCUAAAGGACGACCUGUUGGUUGGCCUAAGGGAAAACCCAGAAAGAAAAAGAUUGACUCUGAAUUUAUACCAGAAGGGUUCAUCCCAGAUACUAGUCGCACACCUAAUGUAAGUGAUACAUUGUCAUUCGCAAGUAUGGUUUCUGAGGAAAGGCCAUCACAGCGCCUGCGACCAGAACCAGUAAAAUAUAACUUCGACGCAAAGCAGAUCAAAGUUUCCAAACCCAAGACAAUAAAUCAACCAGGUUUGUCAAAAUCAACAGGACGCUAUCUUGGACCUAAUAAACUCUAUUUUAAUUUCAUAAAGCCGCCACAGCAAAAUCUUUCUGCUGCACAAAUAGUUGCUGCUAAGAUCCAAAAACGAGUCCACCAAAAAUUAUUGUAUCCAUCAUAUGUAUCAGAUAGUUACAUGUCUACUGCUUCACCCACGUCAUAUCCUUUGCCUGGGUCAAUUCAAGAAGAGACAGCAAGCGAUGCUUUACAAGAAACAAAACAAGAGACACAGACCAUAGAGCAUGAUUCAGAUGAUGCUAUCAUUGUAGUACAACCUUCAGAAGAUGCUGAAGAAAAUAAAAAUUCCAAAGAGAAACAGAAUAAUGAAUUGGAUUUAACAGGUAUUGAGUUAAAAGAAGGCAACAAAACAUCUUUGUCUAAACUAAAACCAAUUGUAAAGAAAAGAAAAAGUCUGGAUUUUAUUACUGGUAGACUUCAAUACAAACAAAAAAUGGAGACAUAUAAGAAAAUAAACCAACAACUUCAAAAAAACUCACCUUUUGAUGUUCAUAUUCAUAAUGCUGCACCUCGUCAUGUUGUUUCUCCACCAUACCAAGCUACACAUCCUGCGAAUAGCACAAGGUUAUCUAUUUCACCGAUAUCACCAGUGGUUCAACCUCCACCAGUUAAUAUUCAAUUACCCCCAGGAAUGCCAGCACACAACUUAUCAACAACCUUUCAGCAAAUUAAUGCCACAUCAUGUCAUAUCUUGCCUAAUGCUUACGUUUCAUCACAAGCUCACGCAAGAAUGAUAUCUCCUCCACUGAUACAUGGACCAAAUGAAAAUAGCAGACCUACGAUACCACACUUCGCACAGAAUGUUAUGCAGAAUGUACCACGAAUUCAGCAAAUUUCUCCCAACAAGAGUUCCUAUCCUUCCUAUUUUUUCCCUCAUGGAACUGUCCAAUCGAUAAUGCCACAUUGUUCUCAACCCAAUUGUCAAUGUGAAUUUGCCAUACAUCAAAGUAAUAUCAACCAUAUUCCAGUUAACCCCAAUCAUUCCAUGGUCGCAUUUACACAACAGUCUCUUUCUAAUGUGAUUACACCACAUGUUCAAGGAUCAUGUCAGCCAAUGAAAGCUGAACCACCAGUGUAUGUUAUCAACCAGCUCGGAGGGAUGCAGCCGCAAUCAACCAAUACCAUGCAACAAAUAUUUUCACAACAAGCUGUCCCAACGAAGACACAAACCGCCCCGAUAAAAACAGAUGUAAAAAGUGCUCUAACUGCUUUGUUGAUAAGCAAAGACAUCAAAAAAAACAAAAUCAGUUCUGUCAUACAACCUGCAAAAGAUGUCAAGACAAACAAGAAGGAGACUCCAAAACAAAUAUUAAACGUCAAAAAAGAGGGAACUGUCGAAAAGACAGACGAGAAUCAACUCACAAAGAAAAAGAAACGAAAAAGAGAUCUAUCAGACAAGGAAGAAGGUUAUCAGUUUCGAAAGAAAAAGAAAGUGAAACCUGCAAAAGAUAAUUCUCCUGACAAGAAACUGAAAGUUGAGCAGGAUGCUAAAAUGUUGGCACCGAAGGAAUUCAGUGUGGAAUCUCCACUGGAUGAGUACAAAUGCUCAAUCCCAGGCUGCAACAAAACCUUCAGGAAGUCGCAUUUGCUUGAAUAUCAUCACAAGUAUUUUCAUACUGUUGCUCCAUUUACAAAAAGAAGUCGUUCCUCAAUUUCCAUAUCAUCAACUGAAUCUAACCCUCCCAGUGCUCUGCCAUCUCCAAAUGAGCAUGCUGGAAAAAGCAUUAAAUCAGAGGACUUAAGCAGAUUGACAAGUGUUGCUAGCGAAAUUGACUUACCGCCGAGUGAUGUCACUGAUUGCUCUGACACUGACUCAGAUAGUGGUGACGAAAUCACUUCUGUUGAUGACUGUGUCAAGUGCGUCUGUGAAGAUGAAUGUGAGCUUGGAUUCAUGAUACAGUGUGAACAAUGCUUUACGUGGCAGCAUGGUGAAUGUGUUGGCUAUUCACAGCAGAAGUCGGUUCCACUGUUCUAUUUAUGUCACAUCUGUUCCAACCCUAAAGGUUUACGAAAAUCUUCGUUUUAUGAUAAUGAUUACACAUGGUACCGCCAUGGGCGUUUACCUCCCACCACGCCCUCCAAAACGGAAACAGGAGAGGAUAGCGCCACAAAACAAAGUAGCCAUGUUAAUACGGAAGACGAAGAAGUUUUGAGUAAUAUCAUGUUAACGACCCACGGAAUGGUGUCUGAGUUAUUUAAUAUUCGUGAUGUGUUACAAGGCAUCAGACAGAAGUUUAUCAUGUGCAAAAACCCGAAUCACCCGUUACUUAUGGAGUGGAAAGCAGAUGACGAAGCGACAACGCUACAACAUAUGAAAGGGAAGGAUGAGAAUAAAGAAGAAAUAACAAAAAAAAUAACAGAACAUUUCGAUAAAAGUUUGAGUGAUAUGAUUAACUCGAUACGACGAAAAAAUAACGCAACAGACGAGUCGAUAGACAGGACAAGUAAUGUAAAAGAACUUACGGCAAAUGAUACGAUUGAGAGAAACAAUAUAAACGUUGAAUCCUCUCCGAAGAAGGGUGAUGAUUUUAAUACAAAUAAUGCCAACAUAGGAGACGAGAUAACCGACAAUGCUGUCGAUAAGGGUCAGAAUCACCUAACAAAAGAUACUUGUAAGAUGAUCACAGGGAAGGAUUCUAAUAUAACACCUGGUCUUUCGAAACAAGAGUCAAGUAAAGAAAAAGACAUAAAUAAUAAGACAGUAAAAUUGGAUUCACCAAGCGACAAUUCGAACCUAACUUCGACACAAAACAAACGUGUCGACGUCAUAGACGAUAAACAAUCGUAUGCCGUGGAUAAUAUUAACGACGACGAGAGCAGCAUUCCGUAUAUGGAAACGGACUGUGAUGAAUGGAAUCAAACUGAAGGCGAGAACGAGAAAAAACAAUAUAAAUCACGUGAUCAAAUGGAACUUGGUACAAUUUUUGAUGACACGUGUUUGGCAGAGGCGUCUAGAGAAAGUUUGUUGGCAAGGUAUAAUUUGCUUGUCGAAGUGGAACGAAUUGAAGAUGUAAUCGCGCAACGUUUAAAAAAUAUGCAAGAAAAAAUACAAGAAUUGGAAGCUGAAUACGAUAGUAUUGAUCAAUCGCAAGCGAUUUUAGAACAUUUUAAAUCAACUUUUAAAUUACCCGACAUGCAAAGCUUGGUUGGGUUUCUCAACAAAGUUAAAUGGACAAGUAUAAUAAAUAAAACAGCUAAACCUUUGAAAACUCCGACGUGACGUAUUAUAGUUGCGACAUAACGUAUUACAAUUACGUCAACAUCGACGUAAUGUAGUAACCUCAACAUUUCGACCCGACGGAUUAUAAUGACAUCGACAUUACGACGCGACAGAUUUUAGUGAUGUCGGCAUUUUGACACGACGGAUUAUAGUUACGUCAACAUUUCGACACGACAGAUUAUAAUGACAUCAACAUUUUGACCCGACGGAUUAUAAUGACAUCGACAUUACGACGCGACGGACUAUAGUGAUGUCGGCAUUUUGACACGACGGAUUAUAGUUACGUCAACAUUUCGACACGACGUAUUAUGGUGACGUCAACUUUGAGACAUAACAAACUGUGAAAAAGUUUAAAUUCUUUUUGCGUUGCACAUGACACCAUAAUGUUGUGGUUACAGAAACAUGUAACUUGAAAUAUAGUUUAAGUUGCAACAUACAAAUAAAGAGUUCUUGCACUUCAGCAUGUAAAUAGCAACAAUUUCUUUUGCCUUGACAAAUUUUACCAUGCUUCUAUGUUUUAUUUUCUGGGAAAAUAAAAAACACAGCAUAAUUCAGCCUUGUCA